AGGUAAUAUUUGACAUCAAUAUGGGAAAGCAAAACAGCAAACUACGCCCUGAAGUCAUGCAAGAUUUGCUAGAAAGUACAGACUUUACAGAACAUGAGAUCCAGGAGUGGUACAAAGGCUUCUUGAGAGACUGUCCAAGUGGACAUUUAUCUAUGGAGGAAUUUAAAAAAAUAUAUGGGAACUUUUUCCCUUAUGGGGACGCUUCUAAGUUUGCGGAACACGUAUUCCGCACUUUUGACGCCAAUGGAGACGGCACAAUAGACUUCAGAGAAUUCAUCAUAGCCUUGAGCGUAACGUCGAGAGGUAAACUGGAGCAAAAGCUGAAGUGGGCAUUCAGCAUGUAUGACCUCGAUGGGAACGGCUACAUCAGUAAGUCAGAGAUGCUGGAAAUCGUGCAGGCAAUCUAUAAGAUGGUUUCUUCUGUAAUGAAGAUGCCAGAAGACGAGUCAACACCAGAGAAGAGGACAGAGAAGAUCUUCCGCCAGAUGGAUACCAACCGUGACGGAAAGCUCUCUCUGGAAGAGUUCAUCCGAGGCGCCAAGAGCGAUCCAUCCAUAGUCCGUCUCCUGCAGUGUGAUCCCAGCAGCGCCGGGCAGUUCUGAACCCGUCCUUUGGAUGAAUUAUGUAUAUUUUUUUUUCCUUGCCAAACAACAUUCAUGGUAGUGUUGCCUCUGUAUGGCCAAUUAUGCCUUCAUUUGUGGCAUCUUAUAGCUUCUUUUGUUGUGGAUUAAUUAUAAGAAUGCUGAAUUGCUCUUAACAAUUUGUCCAGAGCAUGGGCAGUACUGUUUUAAACAGAUAUUGUGAUAUUAUCAUUGUUUUAAAGAUUUUGUUUGUUGUUUUUUUUUUUUUUUGUUUUAACGUGUCUGUUUUGGAAAGUACACGUUGAGAACGAGUAAACCAGCAACAACACCCUUGGCAGCAAGACACACAGACAGAUUUUAGGUUGCUGCUUUAGGAGCUGAGUAUUCACCAGCAGGACCUGGAAGUGUAGUAGAGGUUGAAACAAAGGGGUUGUGAUGAGGUGGGUAGGAUUCACCCAGAACCACCUCUCAUG